CUCAAUAGAUGGCGCUAAAGUCUUAACCGGAAACAUAGGAUAACUUUGCUAAUAAAGUGUCUACUUUAUGUAAUUCACCUGCUAAAAUGAUAAUUUCUCGAGUACAGAACAUAAGAAUUUUUCAGAGAUUAGUAUGUCUAACAACCAGUCGAGCGAGCCCGAUAUAUCCCAGAAUUUGUGCUGGUCAAGUGCGGACCAUAUCUGGAGAGGUCAGCCAAGAACAACAGAUUUCGCCAACAUAUUACUAUGAUGUACUUGGUGUCAACCCAAGAGCAAACGAAAAGGACAUAAAUAAUGCAUAUUAUAAACUCGUGAAAAAGUAUCACCCAACUGUCAACCCCACUGCAGAUGCAAUCACUAAGUUUCAAGAAAUUUGCAGGGCUUAUGAUGUUUUGAGUAUUGCAGAUAAAAGAAAAGUGUAUGAUGAUUACCUUGGACUUAAAAAGUUUGAGACAGAUGACCCACAGGAAAAACAUUCCCCCGAUCUUCAAGAUAAAGUAAAUGGUGCAGAAUAUCGAAGGAAACUGUUAAAAGGAGAAGAAUAUGAAAUGUAUAAAGAAAAAAUGGAGGAAAAACAAAAAGAACGAAAAAGCCAUAGAGGAAUGUUUCAUUUGACACUUAUUAUGUUGGGAUCUUUCGCAUUAUUUUUAUAUAUUACACCUGCUGCACGACGUAAAAAGGCAACAUAAGUGCAUUUUAGUCAACAUUGAUGUUUAUGUAUCAAAUUCAUAGAUUCUUUAUGCUUUCUCAUGUGUGUACUGUCAAACAAAAAAUAAUUAAUGUUACAAUUACAAAAAUGUACAUAUGUACAUUUAUUAGAACUUCUGAAAUGAUGGUGUAAGUGAAAUAAUUUGUGAACCUAAUCCAUGUUAUUGUUAA